AUGUCGAAACGUGCCAUAGAUGAUGAUGACGACACUGGUGAGCAGUCUGAUUUGCCAAUUGCAAAGCGCAAGGAGAUUGGGCUCGUUCAAUUGGAUCGACUGUCCACUCUGAGCAAUGAACUCAUCCUGAACAUCUUGUCUUUUCUCCCUAUGCCUUCAUUGAUCACAUGUCAAGUAUUAUCUCAUCGAUUUAAUGAUCUCUGCAAAGACUCUGAGAUUUGGAAAAUGCACUACUUCAACACGUGGGUUCGUCCUCGAGCCUGUCAGACUGCCAGAGUGGAGUCCUCAUCAUUGCAACCGAAAACAAAUUAUUCACCCCAAGUCUCAACAUGGCUUGAUCACGGACAUUUGGCCACGGAAAUGACCAACUGGAAAAGCCAAUACCGCCUCCGGCAAAAUUGGUACAGAGGUGUCUGUCGCGUCUCUGAAAUCGAGUUUUCUGAGCCUCCCAGUCGACGGGCGCUGGUCCAGCUCUGUGCUGGAAUUGUCGUGGUAGCUGACACUCAUGGACUUCAAGUGUGGGCCGCCAACGAUCCCGCGCGCUGUCUAGCAAGAAUCUCGUUUUCCGAGGAAUCAAAGAUCUUGUUCCACCCGGAAUUAAAGACUACUUUAAAACCCACAGCCUUGGCUGUAGGUAACUUUGAAGAGCAGCAGAUGAUUGUGGUGGGAUUUGGGAAUGGUCAAGUCAGUCGAUAUGUCUUGCAUAUUCAAACACACCGGCUAUGUUUGCAAUCUUCGCACCGUGAACGCAAAGCAGCAAUCACUAGUGUAGCUCUUUCAUGGCCAUUCCUCAUGAUGAACUUCGACUUUAAGUUGUCACUUUACCGCCUCCGUGCCCCAGAUGAGAAAGAAAUUGAUUGGCACCAAGUGGCAACUCUUCAAUCUGGAAAAGGCAUUGGUUCACUAAAUCUUUCUCUUUUCACUUCGGCACUUGAUAUCGUGGCUAGAAUUGUUUAUAAUUUUUAUCAUAAUGGUUGUGGAUGGGCCCUGAAAAUUCAGGAGCUUCGGUUCAAUAAAGAAGGUCACCAGACGAGAUCCCGUUUGACGGAUACUGUCCAUUCGCAAUACUCUAUUCAUCCGCUACGUGGAACGCAGAUUCCGUCUAUCAUCCAUCCGAAACCACCGACAUCCAUUUCUUAUUCCCACCCAUACUUACUGACAUCUCACUCGGACAAUACAUUAACCAUGUACCUGGUGGUUUCCGAUGCCAAUAGUCUGUUCAUUGGUGAGGGACAACGGCUCUGGGGACACACAUCUUCUGUGUCCACGGUGCAAGUGACCAACCGCGGGAAAGCAGUGUCUAUGAGUUCUCGUGGGAAGGAGAUCCGAGUUUGGGAGCUCGAACCAACUGCCCGGCAGCCCUUUCAAAACGAUAGCAUUCAAAUUAUACCUGACGAGAAGCCAUUCGAUUCACAGCUACCUGAUGGAGCGGGAAUAGAUGAAGAUUUGGUCCAACUUGAAUGUGUCGGAUUUGAUGAAGAACGGGUACUCAUACGGCGAGAGGGAAUUAUGGGCACACAGCUUGCGUGUUAUGAUUUCACUUGA